ACGCAUAGUCAGUAUAGAAGUAAUAGAGCAGCAUUUUGUGCUUCUACCAAAAAUUAAUCAGGAAGAGCAUGCAUAAAGAUAUGACCUCUUCCCCAGAAAAUAAAGCUCCAAAGGCAUGCGCAUUCAGGGUGUUUAGGAGAUUUAAGCCACAUCUUCUAAUGAUUCUGGUUCAGAUGAGUUACACGGCGCUCUAUUUCAUAACAGAAGCAGCCUUCAACAGUGGCUUGAAUCCUCAUGUCUAUGUGACUUAUCGCCACAUCGUAGGCGGCUUAGUUAUGUUCCCUAUUGCUUAUUUUACUGAAAGAAAAGUAAGGCCAAAGAUGACAUUAUUUGUAUUUUUGGAAAUAUCUUUGCUUUCUUUCCUCGGGGUCGGAUUAACUGUCAACAUGUAUUUUGCGAGUAUGAGAUACACCUCUCCAACCUUCAUCACAGCCAUGAUUAAUACUACCUCUUGCUUGACUUUCAUAUUUGCAGUCAUUCUCAGGCUGGAGCAUGUUGAUGUAAGAGAUCCAAGGGGGAUUGCUAAAAUCCUGGGAAGUUUAAUGUCUUUAGCCGGUGUCACAGCCAUGACUUUGUACAAAGGACCCGCAUUGCAUAGCCUCAAGGACGUUGCAAUCCAUAUCGGAAAUAACUCUGUUCAUAAAAACUGGAUGAAAGGAUCAAUCCUGAUUGUUGCAAGUUGUAUAUCAGCCUCUAUAUGGUACAUUCUGCAGGCAUCUACAUUGAAGAAGUAUCCAGCAGAAUUGUCACUUACAGCAUGGUUAAACUGUAUUGGUGGAGCACUAUCGGCAGUCUUUACAAUACUCAUAGAGCACAGAUCAGCUGCGCCGUGGUCGAUUACCUCUAACAUUGAUUUCUGGUCCAUCGUGUAUUCUGGAGUUAUAUGCUGUGGUUUGACCAUCGCCAUUCAACUAUGGUGCACAAAACAAAAAGGCCCAGUUUUUGUUACCAGUUUUAAUCCCCUUACAGCAGUGAUGGUGGCGACUUUAGCCUACUUGGUUGUAGGUGAAAAGCUGCACAUGGGCAGUAUAGCGGGCGGAAUCAUGGUUAUUGUUGGUCUUUACACCUUGUUGUGGGGCAAAGAAAGGGAUCAAGGUUUCAGCAAGCCACAAGAACAGUCUUUUCCCAACUGUGACGACCAGGAGCCAAAGAGCAAAAAUGUUACAACAUAAUGAUCAGAUAUGAUUUUAUCAAUUGGACAUGGUACAUAAUGAUAUUGACAUCACUGCUUGUGCAAUUGUAAUGACCAAACGAAAACUAGAAUUGUACUACUAAUACAAUAUUAUAUACUUACAGUUCAAAUUGUCAAAUUCUAAAAUGAGACCUCCAUAGAUGGAACUCAUAAAGAACAAUGUGCUUAUAAGAAAAAUAUUUCUUCCAAAUGCAUGAAACUUUUAUUUUUAA